UCACAUCUGCAGUUCUAUUUCCCUCUUAUUGAUUCGUUUCAGUUUCCGUUACUCUCCUAGCAAUGGCACCGAAGGCGGAGAAGAAGCCAGCUGAGAAGAAGCCGGCGGCCGAGAAAGCCCCUGCCGAGAAGAAGCCUAGGGCAGAGAAGAAGCUUCCGAAAGAUGGCGCAUCAACCGACAAGAAGAAGAGGAGGGCGAAGAAGAACGUGGAGACGUACAAGAUUUACAUCUUCAAGGUGCUGAAGCAGGUGCAUCCUGACAUCGGAAUCUCGAGCAAGGCCAUGGGGAUCAUGAACAGCUUCAUCAACGACAUCUUCGAGAAGCUCGCUCAAGAGGCGUCUAGAUUGGCCAGGUACAACAAGAAGCCUACCAUCACCUCGAGGGAGAUCCAGACUGCUGUCCGAUUAGUGUUGCCUGGCGAGCUCGCCAAGCACGCCGUCUCCGAGGGCACCAAGGCCGUAACGAAAUUCACUAGCUCUUAGAAUGAAUUUGUUGUGGAAUUUGUGGUUUAUGAGCGCUUCUUGUUGUAAAGAUUUACCUUCUUUACUGCAUUAAGUAGAGAAAACUUCGCUAUCAGUACUAAAUUUUCUCUGUUUCUGUAAUUCUUGGCUGAUUUUUAUUUUUAUUUUUUCCCUUCGAAUGUUUUGUCUCAUUUGAUAUGGAAGCACGUGGGUCUAACGUGCGCUGUUGUGACC